AUGAUACUUACAAGAAGACUUCCUGUAAGAGCAUGCAGCAGACUUACGAUGACGUUUCCUCUGGCUACGUCAGUACGGGACUUCCACUGGAGUGGUUUGCAACUUGCUGGUAAGAGGAAGAAACGGUACGCACCUUCGAAAGAGCUCAAGAAGUUGACUUUUGACAUACCGAAGCACACAUCGGUUAAUAAUCUAUCAAAUCUUUUGAACAUUCGACUCGAGAAACUAAUCCAAGAUUUGAAAAAGCUGGGUUUCUCCCAGGCUUCUUCCAACUACAUUUUGACUAGGGAAUAUAUUGAGCUUAUUUUGCAAGAAUAUAACUAUGAAUUUGAGUCAACGAAAACUGUCGACUCCUCUAAUCUUUAUGAUGAACUAAAAUCACCAAUGAACCCUCGUUUCCUUGAACCACGCCCUCCUAUCGUUACUAUUAUGGGCCACGUUGAUCAUGGUAAGACAACUAUAUUGGAUUACCUUCGUAAAUCGUCUAUUGUAUCGCAGGAACAUGGAGGGAUCACUCAGCAUAUUGGUGCUUUCCAGUGUAUAGCUCCGGUGUCCAAAAAACCGAUAACUUUUCUCGAUACCCCCGGUCACGCAGCAUUUCUUAAGAUGAGAGAGCGUGGUGCUAAUAUUACUGACAUCAUUGUCUUAGUUGUUUCUGUUGAAGAUUCUAUUAUGCCGCAAACACUAGAAGCUAUCAAGCAUGCCAAGAACUCCGGAAAUGAGCUCAUCGUGGCAAUUACGAAGAUCGAUAAGAUUACCAAUAUGAAGGAGCGUGCGAAGGCUAUUGAGAAGGUCGAGAACUCGCUAAUUGCUAACGAAAUAGAACUUGAGAAGAUUGGCGGUGACGUUCAGGUUGUUCAUAUUAGUGCUAAGACAGGUGAAAAUAUGGAUCAAUUGGAAGAAAGUAUUAUCUCAUUAAGUGACAUCAUGGAUCUCAAAGCCGAAAAGAAUGUGAAGACCGUCUGUGAGGGAUGGGUAUUAGAAAGUGAAGUGAAGAAAGCAGUUGGAAACGUGGCAACAGUGUUAUUGAAAAAGGGUAUCAUGAGCAAAGGUGAUAUUUUAAUAUCAGGUAAUUCCAUUUGCAAAAUCAGAAGCAUGUUGAAUGAAAAUGGAGAUAACGUUCCAAAGGCAUUUCCUUCCCAGGCUGUAGAGAUUGUAGGUUGGAAGAGUCUCCCAAAUGCAGGUGAUGAGGUAAUUCAAGUAAAAUCAGAGUCCAUUGCUAAAAAAUACGUCUCCAAAAGACAACAUUUGUUGCAAGAAGAGAGUGAAGUUAAAGAUAUUGAGAAACUAAACGACGACCGGGCUAUAGAACAAGAGAAGGUUUCUAUGACUGAAGACGAGUUGGAUGACUUGGAAGAUGGAGAUGAAGCCGCAGCAGAAGUUGAAACUGGACCAAAAGAUAUUAACUUCAUCAUCAAGGCUGAUGUUUCUGGUUCUGAAGAAGCCAUUGUUCAAAGUAUCGAACACUUAGGAAAUGAAGAAGUAAGAUGCAAUAUUGUUCAAUCAUCUGUUGGUGUUCCAACAGAAGGUGAUUUAAAGAUGGCUAAAAUCACUGGUAGUACCAUCAUAUGUUUCAACUUGGAUAAUGUUCCAAACGAUAUCAUCAACAAUAAAGAUAAGGUGCCAGUUAAACAAUUCAACGUCAUCUAUAAGCUAAUAGAAGAUGUAACUGAAACUCUCACUGAAAAUCUAAAACCAAUAUUCGAAGAGAAACAGCUUGCUACUGUCGAAAUUCGUGAGAUUUUCGAAUUCAAGGUGAAGCGUAAGUUUAUAAAAAUUGCCGGCUGCAAAGUUGUUAACGGUAAAGUUAGCAGAAAUUCUAUGGUAAAGGUUGUCAGAGGUCCUCAAGAAGAUGAGGUGUACAAUGGUAGAAUUGCAUCCAUAAAACAGGGGAAGGAAACUGUUCAAGACGUUAAUAAAGGUAAUGACUGUGGUAUCACACUAGAAAACGAUUUCGAAGAUUACGAAGUUGGUGAUAAGAUUAUCGUUUAUGAAAAGAUUAAAGUUCCCCGGUUCUUGUAA